AUGCAGCAAAUAUUAGAGCUGAGACAAAUAGGCGAUCCUACCGAUCUCAUUCGCACUGGAAUGAUCUUGGCUCUCUAUGAGACUUAUGAUUCGCCCCCGGAUCAGACCAAAGCAUGGCAGAUACACGUGGAGGCGGCUUGCAAUCUGAUGUGGCAAUCUCAUCUUCCUGCCGGGGCGCUCAAUGUCCACGACUUGCGCCGGCUUUGUACCAUCGAGCUUCUCGAAAUACUAUUCAAAGCAAUUACACUACUCUGGGACUUUCGACAAAAGAAAGAUGUUGACGAUUUGGAUUGGACAUCGGCUGAUGAGAUGUUGAUUAUGUCAAUGAAUAUUGAGAGACGCCUUCUUCACUGGUAUAAUAAACUUGUCCUGGAGAACGAUCACCCGCUAUUCAUGACCCGCGCCGGCCCAGCCUCAUCCACUCUAAUCAACACACACGACCAGCCUCAAGCAAUAAUAUUCUCCGAUAUUUCUAGCAUACACCUUAUACUGUUCUACUGGCUGGGGCUAGUAAUCGUUUAUACAUCCAUGUUCGAGGCGCUAGAGACUAUCGCACAGUCAAGCCAAUCUCAACUCCCCAAAGAUUUCAACGAGAAAAUGAAAUUGGCUGAUUCACUCUGUCAUAAGUCUGUUACUUAUAUUUCCCAAAGUCAAGCCGACGCGACUACUGCGAAGGGAUUAGGAACUGCUAUAUUUGCAACAGCAACGUCUGUGGCUUCACAGAAUAUUAGUCGAGGAUGGAAGAGGAAUGAUUACAUUGCGGUUGCAUGA